AUGACCGAGCUCUACACGGAGGCGCGCAGCCGGACCUGCGUCCAGCCCAUCCAGGUCGUCGGCGUCUCUCACGACUCGCCGCUGUCGUGGUCGCCGUCCGGGCGGCGCCUGGCCUUCGUCGCUGGCAACAACAGCAUCUUCGUCUGCGCGUCGACGGGCACCGCCGAUGGCGUCGUCCUCGAGAAGAUCGUCCCGCUCUUCAAGAAGGAGGUGCAUGUCGUCAUGUUCUUCGCGGACCGCGAAGACCUCUUGCUCGUGGCCGGCGCCGAGGGCCUUGCGUUCGUCAACGUCGAGACGGGCGACGUCGCGCACCGCAUCGGCCUCGGCGAGGAGAACAACCACGAAAGCGACAUUACGUGCGCGACGUGGCUCUACGACGGCCUCAUCCUCGCGACAGGCUCGAAAGACACGACGAUCAAGCUCUGGGCGCGCGACCAUACGGUGCCCACCGAGUGGCUCUGCCUCGAGACGCUCGCCGCGCACAAGGCGCCGCUGCUGACCAUGACGUUUAGCGCGCACACACACGCGCUCUUUACGUCUGGUCGCGACUCGUCGAUCAAGAACUGGGACGUGCGCAGCUUGCACCCGAACGCGAUCCAGAAACGCAAGGACGACGGGAGCAUCUCGUGCAGCGUGUCGUCGUCCAUGGAAGGUCACCAAGGCGACGUCGUGACGCUCACCGUCACGGAGAAUGGCAAGCUCCUCUUCUCGGGCGCGCGCGACAACACGAUCAAGGUAUGGAAUGUAGCGCAGCACCGCGAGAUCCGCAUCAUCAAGGGCCACACGGGCGACAUUCGCCGCAUCAUUCUGCUCAACGACGAGCAGCACAUGUACUCGGCGUCGGCCGACGGCACGAUUCGGCUCCUCAAGCUCCUCGAUGUCGUGCAGGACGACGAGACCAUCUUGUCGGCGGAGGACCUCGAGCGCGAUCGCGAGGCCGCCGACAAGCUCGCGCUUGAAGAGAUCCUCGGCGCGUCCAAGUCGGACAUGGCGUAUGCAGCGGGCAUGAUCAACCCACUCGCGAUGCCCCGCGACGAGCUCUUGAUGACGCUCAACGCGCACGACGAGCACGUGUUUCGGAUGGAAGUCAACCCGUGCGUGCCGCUGUUAGCGACCGCCGGCAACCACGAGGUGCGCAUCUGGAGCAUCGACAACAUUGCCAAGCCCGUGCUUCUGAACGAGUUUGUCGCGCACACGGGCACGGUCACGUCGGUCUCGCUGCUGCACGAGGACAAGCACCUUGUCUCGUCGUCGCUGGACGGCCGCAUCCAUCUCUACAACGUCGGCAGCAUCCACCGCGAGGCCAAGCUCGACGUGUACGGCUCGCGCCUCCUCUUUUGCUCGGGCAACGACUAUGACAUCCGCGGGUUCGUCGUGCAGGACGCGAACAUUGGUGCCCAGUGCGUCGUCGAGCUCACGGGCCACGCGGGCAAGGUCUACUGCAUGGCCUCGUCGCCCGACGGCACCGUCCUUUUUGUGCGUCUGGAAACUCGGGGCGCUCAACCAGAGCUACCAGGGCGCGAAUGUCCCACGUCCCGCUCCUCAACACGGUCGACGCCGAGAUCAAGACGCUGUCGCCUGCAAAGAAGUUCAACUCGCCGCACCAACUUUGCCGCCGCCUUCAACGCGCCCAGCAGCAACGAAGGCGUGCGCCUCGCCACCUGCGGCAACGACCAUGCGAUCAAGCUUUGGCGGCUGCGCGGCCACGCACUCUCGGAAGGCGUCCUCAUCCCGGACGCGCAUUUAAGCGUCAUUAGCUGCCUCACGUGGGGCAAGCACGCGUCGAGCCACCUCCUCUUCUCGGGCGGCUGGGACCACACGAUCAAGGUCUGGGACCUCACGGUUGACACGCGAGCUCCGUCGGCGCCGAUUGGAACACUCCACGGACACAAGGGCCGUCUCUCGAGCCUCCAGGUCACGGACGACGGCCAGUUGCUCGUGUCGACGGCCGCCGACGGCACAACCAAGCUCUGGCAAGCCGUUGCGCCCUUCCAGCUCCUCUGCACGUAUGUUGGCGCUGUCGAAGGCGGCGCGAGCUCCCUCGCAGUCGGCCGCAACAUCAUCGCGACGGGCUACGACGACGGGAUGAUUCGCGUCUGGCCGCUCAUGCGCAGCGACGGCAGCGUCGACGCCGAGUACGACGGUCUCUUCUUGACGCCCGACGAACUCCAAGUGCUCACGACGCGGUCGCAUGUGUCGGGCUCGACGCGCAAGAAGGGCGCAUUCUCGCCAACGUCUGCGCCCUCGCUUUUGUAA